CGCACGGACUGUUCUUGCGGCAGCGACUCUGCAGCAGAUCGGCCUUUCUCGGCGGCCCGAGCCACCGGCGUCAGUGCGUAGCCGCGCGUGGACACCUGCAGCUCCGGCUCUGGCCUGCGAGCCCGGCUGCCGCGCGCCAUCUUCGUCCAGCGCCAUGGCGGCGGCCGGCGGGCCGGCAGCGGCCGGACGCUGCGCUCCGUCCAGCCUCCUUUUGUUCCUGCUGGUCGUGGGCACAGCCCGGUGCUGGGACGAACGCGACAGAAUAUUGUUGCGGGACAUAAAAGCUCUCACCCUCUACUAUGACCGCUAUACCACGUCCCGGAGGUUGGAUCCCAUCCCACAGUUGAAAUGUGUGGGAGGUACAGCUGGAUGUGACUCUUACACCCCUAAAGUCAUACAGUGUCAGAACAGAGGCUGGGAUGGUUACGAUGUACAGUGGGAAUGUAAGACUGAUUUAGAUGUCGCAUACAAAUUUGGAAAAACUGUGGUGAGCUGCGAAGGCUAUGAAUCCUCUGAAGACCAGUAUGUACUUAGAGGUUCCUGUGGCUUGGAGUACCAGUUAGAUUACACGGAACUGGGCUUGAAGAAGCUGAGAGAGUCUGGAAAAGAGCAUGGCUUCAGCUCAUUCUCUAACUACUAUAACAAGCUGUCCUCCCCAGAGUCUUGUAGCCUCAGUGGAGUGGUUACCAUCGUGGUGCUGCUUGCUCUUGCCUUUGGAGUUUAUAAAUUCUUCCUCAGUGAUGGUCACGAGUCACCUCCACCAUAUUCUGAGGAUCCUCCAUAUUCCCAUCGUUACCAGAGAUUCGGCAGCUCGGCCGGGCCUCCUCCUGCAGGCUUUAAGUCUGAGUUCACAGGACCGCAUGGUGCAGCUGCCGGUUUUGGCAGUGCUUUUCCCGGACAGCAAGGGCAUGACCGUUCAGGACCGGGGUUCUGGACUGGCUUGGGAACCGGAGGGAUAUUAGGAUAUUUGUUCGGCAGCAACAGAGCGGCAACCCCCUUUUCAGACUCGUGGUACCCAUCCUAUCCUCCGUCAUACACCAGCACGUGGAAUAGCCGGGCUUACUCACCACUUCGGGGAGGCCCUGGAAGCUAUUCAGCAUGUUCAAGCUCAGAGCCAAGAACCAGAACAGCAUCAGGAUAUGGUGGAACCAGAAGACGAUAAGAGAGUUAAAAGUUGGGGUCAAACACUGGACGCAAAUGUUCUGAUGUUUCAUCACUUUCUCUUAUAAAACGUGCUCCCUACUAACAGCUGGGGAAAGGGAAUAUGCAGAAGUUCUGUGGUGUUGUCCUGUAUGGCUUUCUGUAUCCUGUUAUUUGAGGCUAAGAGUGACAUAUGACAGAAUGCUUCUGUAGACAACUGUAUGUAUGUGUAACACGCAGAUGUGUAUUAUAUUUGAAAGUGAUGACUCCUGUGGAAUGCUAGGAAUGUAUUGUGUAGUUUCUAAAACCUGUGAUGCUGUAAGAAUAAUGAAGGCUUUAUACCAGUAGACACUGAAUCAGAAAUUUUCAGUUUAAGUGGUUUUAGAUGUUGAUUCAUUAUUAUCAUAGAAAUGAUAAUAAGCUAUUUGGUAUGUAUUAUUGAGUGUUUGCUGUUCUCCAAACAUUUAAACCAAGCUUUGGACUGCUAAUUAUACUUUCUUGUAUGUUUUGAUCACUUCUGAGCUGAGGAGCUUUGAAUCUGUCAGUGGUAGGUGGGGUUCUGGUAAAUGAGAAUUACCUUUUUUUUAGGAAAAGGUGGAAAAUAAGUAUCCAGAAGGUUGUCAUGAAUGACUGUGCUGACAAAAAUGCUUGAAACCUCCAUAUUCAUUUUUUAAAGAAGGAAAGUUCAAGUGCUUCAAAGUUUUCUAAUAGCAGAAGCAUGCAGUUUUCUGUGGAAUCUCAAAUGUUGUAUAGCAGUCUGUUUCAAUCUUACAUUAAAAUGACAGAAAAAAUAAAAACAAAGGGUUUUGU